GUCGCCAGUUGCGUUGUUUUUCUCGAUCAAGUUCGGUCGUCCGUCGGUAGUCAAUGUUGUGAGCUGCUAUGUUCAUACUAACCUUGAAUUUAAAUAUGAUUGUCCCAUUUUUAUUCAAUAACUCCCUUAUAUCGCUUGUAAAUACAGUGAAAUGAAGUGUUAAUCCCGGAAUAUCUGAUGCGAUCGAUAGUUCUCUUCUGAACUCCCUAACGCGUGAAAUAGUGCCCUGAAUGACUUUUAUUUACCAUUUUUCUGUGUCAGUGCUAAGUUCUUACCAAUCUCUUUCUCAUGUUCUACCUUAUUCUUUAGUCAAGGUUAGACUGGGAGAAUCACUCGGAGCCUAAGUUCUCUGUGAAAUUAGUGAGUAAACAAAAUGGUUUUCUCUGGUUACAUCUAUGUGCAUAAUUGUUGUCGCUCCUGUUGACACAGAAUUGAUUUUACCGUGCUAUUGUGACAACCAAGUGCAUUGUGGCGCGGGUUAUUUUGGCUGUGGUCCACAAAAUGACCACAGGUUUGCGCCAUAUAACAUCAGAACCUGCUAAUUUACAGUUGAAACCACUAACGUCUGGCAUGGAGAAGAAGAAGAGUCCUCAAUUGAAGCAGAAAAUGCGGUCGGUUGUCGGAACUGCCUCAGACUCGGAUGGGAGUGUAGAAAGCUACAGUCCGUCUGUCGAUUCAAACAACGAUAUUGCAGCAAGCACGAAAAGCGUAACCCUCAAAGAUGCAGGUCCCAAGAAGUUGAACCGACGAGGCUCUGAAUGGGAAAUCUUAGAAGGACUGAAAGAUGGACAAAGAUUUGAGAGGAAACCUGACGUAUUUUUUGGUUAUUUAAUGAAGAAAAGGAAAUUUCCUCUGAAAGGCUGGCAUAAGCGCUAUUUUAUGGUAGAUAAAGGCAUCCUUGUCUAUGGAAAAAGUCCAGGAGAUGUUGCUCGGGGUAAAAUUCAUGGUCAGUUAGAUAUUGGUCUCUCUGUCAUUUCAGCAAAACUGAAAAGGAGGCGGCUUGAUAUUGAUGCUGAAGAAUUUAUUUAUCAUUUAAAGGCUAAAACUGUUGAGUCUUUUCAAGAAUGGGUAGAGCAGUUGAAAGUACAUCGAUUAUAUAGGCAGCAUGUCCUUACUUUUGGUUGUGGCCGAGGAGAUCGCUUGGCGGCCGAACCAAAAUCUGUGAAUAAGAAUCGAUCAAAACUAACCACAACAGAACUAGCUUCUUCGGUAAAGGCAUGUUCGCCUCCUCCUGGGAUGCCUCGUUUAGCUGCAUGGAUCAUAGAUUCAGCAUCACCUCUUGAUCAAGCUUCUAAACGUUUGAACCAAGUGGAGAAAAAUCUACAGCAAUUGUCAUUAGUCUUAGAUCAAAUUGAAUUGGCCUCUGCGACAGAUAGUGAACUCGGACAAAAUAAUUUAGCAGAUGGAUUGUCUCCGAAUGUUAAGAAAGACCGCAAGAAGUUUGGACUACGGAAGAAGAAAAGCAGUGGAGGUAGUUGGGGUGGUAGUAAAAAUAGUCAUUGCUCGAUAGAUUUAUCAAAUAAUGCUCUCCCUCCGCCAGGAUCAAGUCCUAACAAAAACUUUGAACCUUCGGAUGCCUCACCAAUUUCGACAUGCUCUUUUUCUGGUGGUUUGUCAACAUCUCCAGCCAGUAAUAAUUUAAGUUCCAGUAACCCCACUCUCUGCACCUUAACAAGACCUCACUCUUUAAGUACGUGUUCUGAGAGAGAUGUGCCUAUAGUUGAUUAUAAAUCUAGCAGCGAAUCUCAGAGUCAUGGAGAUUUUCUCGCCCUAGCCAAAGAUGUGAAUGAGUGUUUAAAAUCUGUAUUGUAUACGUUAAAUAAUGAAAAAGAUAGGUUAAAAUCAGCAUUAGAAAGUGAGACAAAUAUUGGAAGCAAUUCAAGUUCUGCCGUUUUAUCCUCACUGCGUAGCAUCUUAUCUCAAACGCAACAACAGAAUGUUGAAUUGAGAGCAAGGUUGAACAAAAUUCAUGAAGUAGCGGAUGUCAGCGAUUUAACAGAGCCCAAACCACUGCGGCCAUCCCUAUCUUACAGUUCUUCGUGUAUAAGCCAAAAUGAACAGUUCUUUGAUGCUGAAGAGUACUUGAAUAAUACUGGGCCUGAUACUGAUAUCGUGGAACGUUGUGCAUCUGGAGUGGUAGAAACUCAAGGUUCAGACACAUCUUCGGAAGCAGGCUCUAUAUCCAGUGAGGAAGGGUCCUUGUCUAGUGAAAACAGUGAGCUCGCCCCCUCUCACUAUAAUGCACAUAAUAAUAUUGAUGGUUCCGUUUCAACAAACAUGACUGGGCGCAGAACCAAGUUACCAUGUCCUCGGCCAAAUACAGAGGGUCUUUCCUUGUGGAAUUUGCUGUGUAAAAAUAUUGGUAAAGAUUUGUCGCAAGUCUCCAUGCCUGUCGCCCUCAAUGAACCGUUAAAUAUGUUACAGCGAAUGUGUGAAGAACUUGAGUAUAGUGAAUUAUUAGACAAAGCUGCAGAGCUUACCGACCCCUAUGAAAGGAUGGUACAUGUCGCUGCUUUUGCGGUCUCUAGUUAUGGUUCCUCAUAUUACCGAGCUGGGUCUAAGCCUUUCAAUCCUCUUCUAGGAGAAACUUACGAAUGUGUUCGGGAGGAUAAAGGAUUUAAGUUCGUAGCUGAACAAGUUAGUCAUCAUCCACCUGUCAGUGUUUGUCAUGCUGACUCGAGGAAUUUUAUAUUUUGGCAGGAUGUCAGAAUUAAGACUAAAUUUUGGGGAAAAUCAAUGGAAUUCCAACCAAAUGGUUUUAUCAAUGUGAGAUUGUUGAAACCCGAUCAGAAGGAUCAUUACCGGUGGAACAAGGUUACAACCUGUGUUCACAACUUGUUUAGCGGUCAAAGAUGGGUAGACCAGUAUGGUGAAUUGAAAAUUGUUAAUGUAGAUAAAAAUAUUACUUGUAAACUAACAUUUGUUAAGGCUAGUUAUUGGUCAGCAAAAAGACAUGAAGUUCACGGUGUUGUAAUCGAUGAAAAUGAAGGGAAAGUGGUGAGGAAGCUGUUCGGCAAAUGGAGCGAAGCUCUUUACUGUGGUGUUGCACCUUCAGCAAAAUGCAUUUGGCGACAAGGAACAAUGCCAGAAGAUUAUGAGUUGUAUUAUGGUUUUACCAGGUUCGCUAUCGAGUUAAAUGAAUUAGAUGCUGAAUCAGCCAAAAUUUUACCUGUCACGGACACCAGGUUUCGCCCUGAUCAAAGGCUGUUAGAGGAAGGUGAUCUAGAUGGUGCUGAAAAAUUAAAACUACAGUUAGAACAAGCUCAGCGUGAUAGGAGAAAACGGUUUGAAGAAUUGGGCAUUCAUCAUGAGCCAAAAUGGUUCAAGAGGGAUGAAGACAAUGAAGAAUCGUGGGACUUCACAAAUAAGUACUGGGAAGUACGGAAAAAUCCUGGUUUCCAAAACAUUAGCCUUGAAGCAUUAUGGUGAUUGAUAUUUAUUCUACGCAAGACAUAUCGUCUCUCGUCCACUAUUGUUUUUUUUUUGUAAAGUCUUGUUGUUAUUGCUUUUUUUCACCGCAUUUAACCAUCCCUGAAUACAGUUUUUGUGCCUCUAUUUCAGCUUCUAGUGCAUCCAACAUGUAAAAUGUGUUCAAGAUUUAAAUAUGCUCUAGUUCAGAGCCGAUUACUCAUUCCACCUAAUUAUUUUUCUCUACAGAUCAUUUCAAAACUUUAUCCUAUUUUCUGCUGUCUCAAGCAUGAGUUUUUCAUUUCCUUACUAAAUCUUUUCUUUUUUUCUCUCUUUAAGAAGGGAUUUUAAAUAUCUUAAAAGAAUUUUAAAAAUAUUAAAAAUUAAACAAAUUUUAUUAUUGAUUAAGUCAUAUUUUUUUUGUCAAUCCUGUGUCAUAUUUUAUAAUCAAGUUUUUUAUCAUAAUCAUCAUCUAAAAUCCAAACAUCAAAUUUCAUUAUUGUAAUUUCCGAUGAGUGAAUUACUUUAAGUUUUAAACCCUUUUUUUGUGUUUUCCCUUAAUUUUUCUUUAUCAUAGCUUCAACAGCUCAAAUAAUCACAUUAACGUACGCAUUACUUGAACAAAUUGAUUCUCUAAGAUUUGUAGCGUUGCAAAUAAUAAAUGGCUGAAUGCCUCUUAUCUCUGGAUAUUAGCUUGAGAGUUAUCUCACCCUUUGAUUUUGAUACGCAUUCCUGACAUCAUAUUCUUAUCUAUUUAUUUAUUUACCAACAAUUUGCAUUGUGCCGAUUUUCAAGUCAAUUUUUUCCAAAUUGGAAAUUUUCACCGUUGACUCAGUUUGGUCAGUACUGUUACACAGGCAUACAGACAAGUAUGUGAAACAAAUUAGGUUUUAAGCCAGAAUUGCAAAAUAUAAUGUUAAGUAGAUCUGACUUUGCCAUGAAAAUUUUUAUGCUUCAUAAACUUUGUUGGAUUGACUAAAAUAACAAGAAUCUUUGACCGUUCUUUAAAUUCACUCCUAGUAUUUUUAUUUUUUCUCUCUGCCUUUUUUUGAGUUUCAGACCUUUAAUCUUGACAGAUUCCAGUGACAAUUAGGUAUCGCAGAGCCCUUUGGUGCACUGUAAAAGUGAUUAAUACAUACACUGUUCAUUCAUAGUCCUGCAAUUUUCAACCUCCUGGUGCAUGAAGAUUUUAAUUGGCACAGAUCUAAUGAUUUUAGAAAGUGUUGUUGAAAGUUAUAUGCAGCAUAUUUUAUUACCAUUGUGAUUCAAUGGACAAUGGAUUGCAGUUUUCAUAUCCAAGCAAUUUCAUGUGAAUCUGUGCCCAUUUUUAUGAAUCUUCUCAUUCACUCCUUACAUGUGUAAUGUUCUUUUGUCAUUCUCCAAAAGGAGAGGAUUUAGUUGAUUAACAACAAGUAUUAAUUGUUAUCAACCAUGUUCACAGUGUGUCAUCUUGUCAAUCUGUAUCAAGUUUUGUGAAUGUAUGUAUUUUCAAGAUAAUUUGCUAUUUGCGCAAGAUUAUCAACAGCCUUUAAGUUUAAAAGAGCCAUUUUGUCUGAAUUAAAACAAACCUCAAUAUCUCUCUUCUAAUUAGAAGAUAUGCAAUGAAUAUUUUUUCAAGUCCCAUGUACCCAUAUUCGUUUGAUUGUAGGAUUACCUUGAGCGGAAUAUCGUCAUCAGAUAUUAUUCAUUUGUUAUAUUGCGGCAAUGAAAAAAAGCAAAUAUAUUUAAAUCAUAAAAAUUUAAUUUUUUGUUGGAAAAUAAGUGUCUGUUGUUAAGAAGAAGCUUUAGUUAAGUGCGAUAAGUGACUCUCGAAUUGUAACCAGUAUCUUGGAUACUUUCAUCAAUUUUUUUGAAUUGUACAAAUCUUGCAAAACUUAUUAUUUAAGGUCAUCCUAGAGUAUGCUAAUUGUUUGUUCAUAAUUCAGUUAUACGUUUCCAUGAAUUCAGAAUGAUUAUUUUCUGUUCAAGAAAUCUGGAUCAAAUUGUAUGUCCCAAACACUACCCAUGUUCUCCGACAAAUCUUUGAACCGACUUUGUUUUUUGUUUUUAGUUUUAUCCAAGUGAUUUUAGCCGCAUGAAAAAAAUAGGUUAGAGUAGACUUUUAGAAAAAAAAUUGAAACAACCACUUAGGCUUUGUUAAAUAAUAAAAAAAACUCCUUUAUUUAAUAGACUUGUGAUUUUGUGUGUGAGAUAGUUGGCUCUUCAACGAUAUUUUUGCCUUGCCCCUAGCAAAUAUUUCAAAGGACUGAUACCUUUCAAAAAUUUCUGUCUUUUUUUUUUGCUUUGUCUGCCCUCUUUUUCUAUUUCUUUUUUUUCUUCGAUUACUCAUGCUUGCGAAAUUGAAUGCUGCAGUUUUUUUUUUUUUUUUUUUUUUUUUUUUUUUUUUUUUAUAUAUAUAUAUCAUCCAUAAACUGUAAAUUCUCUGUCAACUUUUGAUUUAGAAACGAAGAAUUUGAUAAUACUUGGUAAAAACUCGCAUUCUGCAAUGGUAUUUUCAAUCGAUCAGUUAUAUGAAGAAAGUUUGUUCAUGCCAAGCAUUGCUUUGCAGGUCUUGUAAAUUAUGGCAGCAAAUUACCGUUUUGCGGGUCUGGUGAAUGAUGGUGCAGUUAAGCUUUUAAGGGUUUCAAAAACUUAACAAUUACGUAUUAUGUAUUUUGGCUGUGAAGCUUGAAUGUUAAUAUCAAUGUUAUAUAUUUUGAACAGUAAUUUUAUAAAAAAAUAAAAAGAAGAAAAAAAAUUUAAGGAAUAAAUAAAUAAAUGCUGAAGUAGAAAAUUUUUGAAAUUGUAUCCUUUUGCUUACUAGAGUAUUUUCUUAGAGCUCCUUUUCCGUUAUAGUAUUGUGGCGGCACGCUAUUUACCGUACGAACACCUUUGUAAAGUUAUCAGGAAUUUUCUCUUUAUUUGCGCUAGAUUUGUCCAUUGUAUGUUUCGUUGAUCUUUUUCAGCUAGUUGUCAGUAUCUGAAAGGGAAAAUUGUUUUUUUGUAAUUUUGAAUGAGCUAUCAAAAUUUUGAGAUCCAACUGUUUUGUCAGCUUUUUUUAAGUUUUAAAUAAUUUCAUGGAUGAAAGUAAUAAAUAUGAAAUAACACUCAGAUUUGCUGUUAUGCCUUAAUUUUGUCCACGAGAAUUAAGUCCAUCAAUGUCUGCACAUCUCUUGAUACCAGAAUCAUUGUAAAAAAUAAAAAAAAAAAAACAUUAGAAAAAUAAUAAAAAGAUUAAUAUGCAUCAUAUUUCAAAUAAAUAAAUACAAUUUAAACAUUCUUCAACCAAUUAAAUGUUCAAAAUUCAACUAAUCAACCCAAUGAAUUAUCUCUACCCUGAGAAUAUGGUAGUUGUAUUUUGUAUUUUUAGCUUCUUAAAAAUGAAAAAGAUGAUUCAUAUUCGUCUUAUUAUUAAUCAUUCUUUAUAGUACCCUUUUGGUCGUUCUUAGAUCAUUUAAAUCAGUGCUGAUGAUGGAUUCGGUGCCUUAAAAUGUACAUUCACUGGUGGGCUAAAAUCCUAUGAAGGAAGUGUGCGCAUAACAAUAAGUCUGCCGAGAGUUUCGUUUUUCCUCCUAUCAAUUCAGCAGUGUAAAAUGCUUUUUAUGAAAUGAUUUCACCAAAAAGAGUCACACGGCUUUGAUACAAUAUUCAGAAUCAAAUUUUUGUAUGUUUAUUUGGGAGUCAGCUCCCCCCGGCCCUAACUUAGCUUUUCAGCUGAUCGUGAUUCGUGUGAUUUACUGUUAACUCAAGCUCUCUCAUUGACCUGCAAAAGCUCUCUAUCAAUUAAUUCUGUUGAUUCUAAGGUUGUGUGUAUGCAAUUUUUGAGUGACAGCAAUCAAUUAGAUAUGGGUCUUGUAUGCAAUAGCUGCAUACAAUUAUUCCUAAAAGACUUAUCAUAGUGAAGUAAAUUGGAUUUCUCGUUUUGAAAGAAUCUCGCUAAGUUAAGAGAUAAAGGCCAAAAUUCUGAAAUGCCUCUCGAAACUUCUUGGACUUGCAAUCACCUUUGACAAUUUUUAAAUGCAGAGAUUUCAGGGCCCACAAGGAACUCUCAAGUAGUUCUCUAGGCAAGAUUGUUGGUUCCAUUAUGCGUCUUGAAAUUCCAGCCUUAAAUUUACCCUCAUUUGUUGAUUGCUACAAGUGGUCAGAUAUUCAAGCAAGAAAUCUUAUUCUAACGAAGCAGUCAUUAAUGAAAGUAGGACCCAGAAACUGAUGAAGGUUAAAUGAAAAGAAAUCUUUAUUCCUUACUCUGUGGGAAUUUUGAAUUUUAUAGACACAAAAAACUUAGCCGCAUUAAAAUUGCAUAUCCUGUGAUUUUACAAAACGCACAUCUUUAAUAACUUUCAGUGGCAUUAAGCGCAGGUUUGCUUGAUUUUAUCUUUUUUUGUGAAUUAUGUUUGUAAACUCAUAGAGUUUCUUGGAUGAAGUCAAAGGUUGAUCAUAGUGUACUGUUCGGUAGCAAGUAUCCUCCUUUCGAUAUACCAUUAGUCAAAGGAAGAAGGAUAGUUUUAGCUGUGAUAGCACAAGUGUUUUUGGUUUAAAGUGUUGUUGAUUCAUAUUACUUUGUUAAUUCUAGCCAAUCAUGGUCGCAUAACUCUUUUUAUUCAUUUUACUUAAUUGCAUUAAAAAUGUAGGAAGUACUUUCAGUUUUUAAUCUCAUCCCCAAAAAAUGAGAUGCAUCUGAUGCAACUGCAUCUAUUUCUGUCAACACAAAGUACGCAGGCAAAUGGGGUUUUAGCAGCUUUCACUUAAAAAAUCUGUUAAAAGAAAAAAGACGAGUAAUUCAUGACAGUUUUCAAUAUCUGCGAACUUUACCUACAAGACGUUAGAAAACUCAAUUCAGUUAUGAUAAAUGUUAGUGAAUUUGAUCCUAUUUUAGUGCCUAUUUGUUCUUAAAUGUUUGUACUAAAAUAUGACCGCCCAAGAGAAAAAGAAACAUAGCUCACUUAAGCACCUGUCCCACGCACAAAAUAGGGGCUUCAAAGACGCUCACUAUCAGAUUCGUUGAAUGUUGCCUUUCAAAGAUAUUUAGGCUGACAAUUUUUAAAAGGAACCAAUGUGUUUGAGAUACAUCAUAGAUUGGAUUUUGAGAUUUUCAAGGAUUUCGUGCAGAAAUGGCUAAGAUGUCAUAGAAUUAUCUUCAAUUUGAGAGCCCCAGUUUUUGCAAGGGACGGGCGCUGUAAACUCAAAACCGAGUCAUCGCUACUAGAGCAUUGAAGACGAUCCCAAGAAAAUUCCAGGACAUACAACGUUGGUUUUUUGAAGUUCAAAAACGAAAAAUUGACCUAAAAUUCUGAUCUACUCUGUUUAGAUCACAAAACCUAUUCAUUUACUUCUGGCAGUGCUGGAUACAUGGAAAUUCACAAUCAGAAAUGCAAAUGAAAUGGCAGGCUCACACAUCAGGUCUUGUCCACUUGAGCAAUUGUUCGUAGAACUUUUGGCUGCGAAUCGUUUUUCACCUUUUUUUCGCAUGGAUGGAAAAAGUUAUAACUUAUUCAGCUAAAGUUCCGAGAACUCUACGCAAGUGAACAAGGCCUUAAGAACCGCUAAGAGAGAACUGAUUGUAUUAAGCAGGUAGAAUUUUCUCAUAACAGGAUCAGCGAUAACUUUAAUUUAAGCUUCCAAAAAGUGCCUAAUGAUUCAGCUUGGUGUAAUGGUGUACAUAUAAUUCAAAACUUGCGUUAGCUAGAAUAUUUCCUUGUCCUUCAUCGUAUUGCUAAGCUAGGCAUUACUCAAUUAGAGUCAGUAUCACUGACUCGGAACAAUAUUCUUCUCCUCUCCUUUAUUAAUUUUUCCUUUCUCUUUAAAGACAUAUUAGGGAUCUCUCCUAGCUCUUUGGCUGUCGUCUGUUAAAAGAUUGGCAGUCACCCAUACUGUAAUUAAGUAUGAAAUAUGUGUCAGGUCUAUUUUUUUCUUCUUUUUUUUUGUCGAAGCCACUGGAGCUGUUGUGAACAAAAAAUCCUGAACAAUUUGUGAGGGGGUGUCACUCGACAUUUCAUAUGGACGUAAAAUUGUACGUUCAACAAGUGAUUCACUCAAGCUAAUUAGAAAAGAGGGAGACAUUUUUAAGGUUGAAAUUUUACAUCUGAAUGUUAUAAUCAUGUUCAUUUUUAAUUUUUAUUGAAAGUAUAGCUUACAAUAAUUAAAGACUAUAGGUCUGAAAACUACUAAUUCCUCAACUGCAUUCUAAUUCCCUUUGUAGUUUCAAUCAAAGUACGGAUUGUAAGUACACAUAUAAAUAUUUCACUCAGUUUAUUCUCCUAUUUUUUUCAUAACAUUUUUUUUACCUUUCCGUUAUUCAUGUCAAUUUUUCAAUUGUUAUACAUAUAAAACCCUGGUCACUCUGUAAAUGUUGCUUUUUGCUUUGUUACCGAAGAAACUAAUGUCGUUUCCUCCCCUUUAAUUGGUGCUCUACUCGGAUUGUUUAAGUUGUAUUCAAAGAAUUGCCGUGAAUCCUGUGAUUUGCUCCAUGAUUUUGUACUCUAAGCUUAAAAACGAUGUAAUGUCCUCAUUUAUAAUCCCCCAGUCUGAUUGUUUUACAAGUUUGAGUAUCUUAAGCUUCAAAGUAUUAAGUAUUAAAACAUUUGAAGUUCGUUUCAAAGUAAAAUGUGUUGAGAUUAUUAUUUUGCCUUUGAGAGUGCCUACUUUCUGCCCUGAAUGAAGCUGCAAAUAAUAUUGGAAAUGCAGACUUUUUCUUUUGGAGACACUUCUGAUAGUUGUCGCGUAAGUUUAUGGAAUAUAUGCCAUCGGAAUUGAGAAAUGUAAACUUAAUCAUAAUGUCAAUUCUCCAUAAAAAACGAUUUUUUUUUAAAAAUAAAAAAUGAGAAAAUGAAUUUGAUGAAUUGUAGCUUUAUCUUUUCUCCCCUGUAAAAUCAAGGAAUUAAAGACUCCUGUCUUGUAGUCUGCAGAACUUUUUCAGAUCAAAAUUAUUUUGUAAGAAAUAAGAUUUUUUUGCAUUAUAUUGUUAAUAAUUCUGUAUCGCAGUCCUCUUAAUCUUUCUCAAGCAGCUUGAAAAUUAGAACGCUUUAAUCGUAAAAUAUAGAAAAAUUGCUUAUUCUUUUUUCUAUUCCAAGUUUCCAAAAAUGUUGAUUCGUUCAUUUCUUUGUAGCAAUAAUAUUCGCACUACAUUUCAUUGAAAAGCCGAAUCCGAAAUAUGCGAAAGUAUAUCAUCCUUGAAUACCCAAUAGCUUUGAUUAGUUAUGUAAUUUGAAUACUGUUUUGGUGUAAAAUUAUUAGUAUCGUAAACUUACAGUUUCAAUCUUGAUGUUUCGAGUUCGGCCAUUUAGCUACUGCUCCUCAUAGGGGAUCAGAUUUAUCUGAUAUGAACCAUUCAUUUGUAAGUAUUGAACAUAGUUUUGAUGCCUCGUAAUAGAAUUGAGAAUAAAAAGUUAGUGAAGUGAAAAUUUUAACAUUCUGAAAUUACACCAAACACUAAAGUGUCUUAUGUAUCCUAUGAAUUAAGCAAGUCUGUAAAAAAAUAAAAAUAUUGUGGAGUAGAUGUCUCAAAAUUAAUCAGUUAUUUUAUAAUCCUUUUUAUACUGUAAUUCAAUCAUGUAUUUUACUUAGCUACUCAUAGAAUUAGACUGUUACCUUUUACUAUUAAAUGGGAGCUUCUUGUAAAUAAA